AUGCGUAUUGCUCCGACAGCCUUUGACGAUCCUCGUGGCAAAUUGUUCAAACUAACUCAGUCAACAACGGUGACUACUUACCUUACAGAAUUUGAAGUGUUGGCAAAUCGAUUGGAGGGCCUUUCCGACGCAGAUCUACUAAGUUGUUUCAUCUCCGGUUUAAAGAGCAACGUUCUCCAUGAAGUAGUUGCACAACAACCCACUUCUAUUUCUCUGGCAGCGGGUUUGGCUAGGUUGCAGGAAGAUAAAUUUCAAGAUCUUGCACACGCCUCUUGUUCACAUUCUUCCAUGCCAUGGCAACUAUCGUCCUCGGCGCGCCCUGUUAUUAAGGCUCCAGAAGUUACUCCUACAGCAUAA